AUGGGGCCAGGCCUGGGACAGCAGCUUGGGCACCUCCACCACAUCUUCCAGCUGCAUCUCAGAGAACGGGUUCCCAGGCCUUUCCCUACAUUAUCUCCUGCACACCCACAAAUGAAGGGUCCUGGGGGAGUUGUUUUGGUGAACGCCGCGGGCCGCUCACCGGCCAUUUGCUUCUCAGCAGUGCCACUGGCUCGCCUCCAUCAAUUCCAGGACAGCAGGGCUCCGGACACCCACGCGCUCCGCGUGGCCCACCCACACUUCGCCCUGGAGGCCUUCGAGUCCCUGGUCGCGGGCCACGCGAGCCACCUGUGGGAGGAGCUGCGGCAGUUCUGGGCCGACCACUUCUCGCGCCGCUUCUCGCCGCGGAGGCCGCCGCUGCGCCACUUCUCAUCCACGUCCACCUUCUACCUGCUGGACCACCGCACGCGCCAGGCCGAGCUGGGGCUGAACUACGGCGCGCCGCGCACCCGACUCAGCAACGAGGAAUUCGUGUUCCGCGGCGGCCGCUGGACCGCGGAGGAGGAGUGUCACGCCCGCCCGCGGUCGCCGCCGCCCUCGCCCACCGGCUCGGCCUGGGAGCCGCAGGUGCAGCCGAUCAAGAGCCAGGUGCUGCUGGAGGAGAACAACUACCUGAAGCUGCAGCAAGAACUGCUCAUGGACAUGCUGACCGAGACCACCGCGCGCCUGCACCUGCUGGAGAAGAAGGUGGACGCGGACGUAGAUCCCGAGGCCGCGGCGCGCGCCUGGCAGAGGAAGAUGCGCAAGCACGGGGGCGCGGGCGUGCUUAUGAUCCCGGCGCGCGCUCUGGAGUCGCGGUGACGCAAUAAAGCCAUGCAGAAAGCCGAGCUGCGCGUGCGCGUCUCACCUCGUCCCGCCCGUGGCUAGGGUGGCCGGUUGCCCGCGUGCAGGCCCGGUGCUCCAUGGUGGCACUGUGUGCGGUCCUGAUAUCCGGGUGCAGGAGGCAGCGAGCGUGUGGCGCUCGGGCUGGGGAGAGGUGGGCAGACUGGGGCGUUGCGCUUCACUUUUUCUUGAUCCAGGGCCUUAAAGGAGUUUCUUGAAACCUUGGGUCCUGCUUUCCCGCACUUGCCAGAGAGGUUCACUUUGCUGUUUUCCAUUCAUGUCUCCGAUAGGGUCUGAUUUUCUCCUUCGUGGAAUAAAGGUAUCUAUUUGA